AAACAAAUCUCCUAUCGUGUUUCGGGACUUAUUUCGUCAGCUGUUUGGUGAACUUCGACGCCCGCUGGCUGCUGCCUCGCUGUUACGGGAAGAAUUAACGUGGCCAACAAACGUUCGACUAGCGACGAUUAGGAUGACGAAACGUGUGCAACCUACGUGGCAACCGCCGGUGGAAAAUCCACCCUCGAAGCUGUGCCUCUACAACAGCCUAACCCGGCGGAAAGAACCGUUCGUGCCGAGAGAUGGACGCAACGUGCACUGGUACAGCUGCGGUCCGACCGUGUACGAUGCGUCCCACAUGGGUCACGCCCGGUCUUACAUCAGCUUCGAUAUUCUGCGGCGUGUGAUGAGCGAUUACUUUGGCUACAACGUGCUGUACGUCAUGAACAUCACCGACAUCGACGACAAGAUCAUCAAGCGCGCUCGGCAGAACCAUCUGUACGAGCGGUACCUGCGGGAGGCAAAAGACAUGCCACUCGAGCGGAUGCUCGACGACAGCAAGGAGGUGAUGGCGGCUUUCCGGGGGAAUCUCGCUCGGACGACCGACACCGACAAGAAGGCGAUGAUGGACCGCAUGCUCGAGAAGCUGACGGCGGCCGUGGACAAUCUCUCGCUGGCGGUAACGACCGGGGACGAGCAGAAAGUCCAGGCAGCACAGGAUCAGUUCCUGCAGGACUCGAAAGACCCGCUGGCCGAUCUGCUCGACAGCAAGCAGGGCUCGUCGGUGACGGAGAACGCGAUCUUCGAGACGCUACCCCGGUUCUGGGAGGAUGCAUUCCACAAGGACAUGGCGGCACUGAACGUGUUGCAACCGGACGUGCUGACGCGUGUCAGCGAGUACGUGCCGCAGAUCGUGACCUAUAUCGAGCGGAUCAUCGCGAACGGACUGGCGUACGAGGCGAACGGUUCGGUGUACUUCGAUGUGGCCGGGUUUGAUGGGCGAGAUCAGCACCACUAUGCCAAGCUGGUACCGGAAGCGUACGGUGACGCGAAGCAGCUGCAGGAGGGCGAAGGCGAUCUCAGCACCGGCGAUGAUCGGUUGACGGAAAAGCGCUCACCGAACGAUUUCGCACUGUGGAAAUCGAGCAAGGCGGGUGAACCGUGGUGGGACAGUCCGUGGGGUCAUGGCCGACCCGGUUGGCACAUCGAGUGCUCGGCCAUGGCGUCGGACAUCUGCGGUGACUAUCUGGACAUUCACACCGGUGGUGUGGAUCUGAAGUUUCCGCAUCACGACAACGAGCUGGCGCAGAGCGAGGCGCACGAUGGUAGCGCCGAGUGGGUGAAAUACUUCCUGCACACCGGUCAUCUCACGAUCGCCGGCUGUAAGAUGUCCAAAUCGCUGAAGAACUUCGUCACCAUCCAGCAAGCGCUCGAGCGGCACACGGCCACACAGCUGCGGCUUGCGUUUCUGCUGCACUCGUGGAAGGACACGCUCGAUUACUCCGAGAACACGAUGGAGAUGGCGGUUCAGUACGAGCGCUUUUUGAACGAAUUCUUCCUCAACGUGAAGGACCUGACGCGCCACGUGCAGACGGGUCCGGCCCGGGAUGCGUUCGAUCGCUGGACGUCGGUGGAGGCGGAACUGCAGCAAAAGUUCGAAGGUGCGCGAGCUGCCAUCCACGAGGCGCUCUGCGAUAACGUCGAUACGCGUACCGCGUUGGACGUGAUGCGAGGUCUCGUGUCCGCCUGCAACGUGUACAUCAAGCAGCACCGCUCGGAUGGGUUGAAUGCGUUGCUACUUCGACGAGUGGCCAGCUACUGUACGGAUCUGUUGCACAUUUUCGGGGCGAUCAGUGGCCCUCGGGGUGGUAUCGGAUUUCCCAUCACGUCCGGAACGGCGACUGACGGCGUUGGAGGCACAACCGGUGGAGAUCUGGAACAAACGGUGAUGCCGUACCUGCAGGUUUUGGCUGAGUUCCGAACCGCGGUUCGCGAGCAAGCACGCGGUCUUAAGGCCGGCGAGAUUUUGCGGCUCUGCGAUCAGUUGCGAGACGACGUCCUUCCUGGGUUGGGCGUGCGGUUGGAGGACCGUGAGGGAGCACCCUCCGCCCUGAAGCUCGUCCCGGCCGAGGUGCUCCUGCGGGAACGGGAAGCAAAGCGCGCCGAGGAAGCCCGCAAGCUGGCGGAAAAGGAACGCAAGAAACAGGAGGCGGCUGCGGCCCAAGCGGCUAAGGACGCCCUGCGGAAGGUUAACCCGGUUGACAUGUUCCGCGGUGAGACGGACAAGUAUUCGGCGUUUGAUGAGGCAACCGGACUACCGACGCACGACACCGAUGGGAAGGAGAUCAGCAAGGGACAGCAGAAGAAGCUGCAAAAGCUGCAGCAGGCACAGGAGAAACGCUACCAGGAUUAUCUAGCCGAGCAGGGCCAAGGGCAGUAAAGCACAAGCACAAGCCUCUAUCCCACACUUGGGUCGAUUGGGUGACAAAUAAAUGCAUUU